UACCGCGCAUGCCCAGUUCGCCGAGGGUUUGCACUUUAGUGCUUUUCAUUGGGUUUGUCUGUGUGUGUGUGUGCUGUCUGUUACUCUCAAUCUCACUUCUCGGGUGUUUGUUCGUCUCACAAAGGAUACGACCUACUCAACGGGCAACGAAGGCUCUAGGAGUGAACAUCCAGCUUGAUGGCUCCAGGAGUGAACAUCCAGCUUGAUGGUGAGAACGUCAUACCGAGUCUUAAGGCUCUUAUGCUGCAACUACCGAGCAGACAAGAAGGUUCUGAGCUCCCCUCCCCAGAGAGAAACCACCUUGAACUCACACAUUUCCAAGACGAUUACAUGUUUCCAUGACGACCGCAUAUUGUUCGAAAAGGCCUCAGGCAAUUUUCUUUAAAUUUCUUGUUCACUCCUCUACAUUGCUAAUUGAAACUUGGUGCGCAUGU